AUGGCAGCAUCACCUAACCCCACCACCCAAUACACCUCAGAACAAUUCGUGGAAAGCUGCGGAGCCAUCCUAUUCGACCUAUCCUCCGAGAACAAGACCGUGUGUCUUAUCCAUUACCACGCGAAGAACGAAUGGCUCCUUGCCAAGGGACGUCGCAACUGCGGUGAAUCCCGGCACGAGGCCGCCCUACGCGAAGUCCACGAAGAGACGGGCUAUCAAGCCCGCCUCCAUCCCGUCACGAUGCAUACUCGUGCGCCGCCGAUGGACGAACAGGGACACAUGCCAGACAAGCCUCGCUCUUACCCAGCUCUCACCGAGCCUUUCAUGGUCACCAUGCGGCAGUUAGGUGGUGAGGGUGUUGAUGAGAUCAAGAUUAUUUGGUGGUAUAUUGCUGCCCUGGAUGGAGGGGCGGUUGCGGGGUCUGCUGGUCCGGCGGAGGAGGAGUUUACCCCAGAAUUCUUUUCUUUGGGGGAGGCGGUAGAGAAACUCAGCUUCGAGAAUGAUCGGGCUGUUCUAAGGAAGGCGAUUUCUUUAGUGGAAGCUCGUUGA